AUGAGCCAAAAAAUACGGCCUUCGCCGUUGUCGACCAAGUCUUUCACUCGCUAUGAGCCUGCAAGCUCACCAGUCUCGUCAACCAGAAGCCGUGCCAGUACCAUAGCAUCCCCAACCUUCACAAGGAAAUCGUUGGAUGAAGAAAGGCAAGAUGUGUUUAACAAGAAACAGGCUGACGAUGACGAUGACUCGCUGUCCAAGCCGGAGAAGGUCGAGGACUUGUCCGACCAACUCGAUGAGCUCCCUAUCGAGCUAGUUAGCUUGAUAGAUAGAUUCAUCGAGUCUUUGGGUACUAAGGCUUUCUCUGAGCCACCAAGAAUUGAACAGAUCGCGGACCUGUUCCAAGAAUUUUAUAUACGGGCAUCCGCAAGCAUUUCUAUCCACAUAGCCUCACUACGAUCGAAGCUGAAUCGGGCAGCCUCUCCCACCCCUGCAAAGUUAUCCGCACGCUCGAGAACCCUGUCUUACAAGAAGAGCACCGACUCCCUAGCACCUCCCGGUCGUGAUGGCUCUCAGCAAAUGCUUACAGCCACAGAGGUGGCCGAGAAGCGUAAGCAACGCAGAAUGCUCGAUUACAAAAAGCUGUUGCUAGAGGAGGCCGUCGAGAAAAGAGCCUGUGCAACAAUAUACGAUAAGCUUUGGAGGCACAAGAGCACUCUCGAUGAGGUAGAGGACGAGAAAUUGAGGUCCAAGACCGCCGCACUAGCUCUGGUAGGCAUUGGUCUGAAGGAUCUCGGUAUUGAGCUUGACGAGAAGACCGGGAAAACAGUCGAGGACAUUCAAGAAGCGUUAACCCCAGCAAGAGAAGGUCUAAUGAAGAUGAACGACGAACACUACCCACUGGGCAAACUGGAGCAUCUCACAAGUGCACACAAAGUCAUAGUAGAUACUCUCUACGCUGUUCACGGUUCCUCAUCCUCAGCCGACGAAAUCCUCCCAACUCUGAUCUAUACCCUCAUAACUGCGCCUGUGGAAGGUAUCAACAUCAUUAGCAAUCUGAAGUUCAUACAACGUUUCCGAGCAAGUUUGAAAAUAGACGGAGAAGCUGCUUACUGCAUGACCAACUUGGAGGCUGCGAUCGGCUUUCUGGAGGACGUGGAUCUGUCGUCUUUGCGCGCUGAUGAAGCCCCUGAAGGCCCAAAGAAGAUCCCCUCUGGUCAGGAGACUCCUGCAAUCGAAAAACCCGAACCUUUCCCAAGCUCGCCUGAGUCGGUCGCACCUGCGAUAGUUGCUACAUCAAUGGAGUCAGUCUCAGCAUCUGACAGAUCUACACCACAGGAUAAGUCGACAAAGCCUCUAAUUCGACCUCCACCUUCACCAAGACAUCAGAGAACUAUAUCCGAUCUGCUAAAGCCAGUACAGAACGCCAAUGAAGCUGUACGGGCUACUGCACGAGAAGGACUAGAUAACAUAUCCACCACACUGGACAAUAGCAUGAAGUUUCUCUUUGGCAGACUGAGGGAACAGGCCGCUGAUCCAGCUCGAGCUGAAGACUUGACAGUGCCUAAGACUUUGGACGAGGCCAGACAGCUGGUCAGCAAACCACCUACUCCAGUCCUCGGUGACGAUGGUACAGCAGUCAGCGAAACUAGCUCUAUAGCCGACGUUACUGAGAGUCCGGACGGCUCAGAGAAAGAGAAGCUCAAAAUACCGAGUGAGGACAAAUUGCUUGGAUUGUUUGGUGGCAAACGUGCCGCAUCAAAUCCGAUCAGGGAUCGCAGCAUCGACCGGGAGAGCUUGCGGAGCAAUUCUAGCACGAAGAAGGUGGCAUUUGCUGCGGAAGACGCAAGUGCAGAUGCCACUCCACCAAAAACGACCGCAACACCGUCACCUGCCACGAAUCCGCUCGAUGCAAUGAAGAAUCUGAACCCACUGGGCCACGUGGGUAAUGCCUUCAAUGCCUUUGGCAGUACUUUCAAAGGUUUUGGUCGACCAGCACCAGCACCUUCGCCACCUCAGGCUGUCGUAGCAGGCAGAAAGGACGUGAAGCCCGCGAUGUCGUCGGUCGACGGUUCUGCCACGACGCCAGAUGCAGAGUCAAAACUCGCCAUAUUCAUGGAUAAACCCAAGAAACUUGCUGCGAAGAUCAAGUCUGUGCCACCGCCUAUUCAAAAAUUUGUGGAGAUCGAGGAUGCUGAAGAUCUGCAGCUUAAAGACAUUCCCAAAUUAUUGGCUGAUUAUCAACGAUUGGCUUUGUUGUUGAACGAGCUAGCCUCGCAGAAUCCUGAGGCCUAG